UCAUUAGCACUGAAGAUCCGAUUCCCUUGUUUUUCAGGAUGCGUUACGUCGCAGCGUACCUUUUAGCGGUCCUGGGUGGCAACGAAUCUCCCACGUCAAAGGACUUGAAAAAGAUCCUCGACAGCGUUGGCAUCGAGACAGACGAUGAACGCAUGAACAAGGUUAUUAGUGAGCUGAGUGGAAAAAACAUUGAGGAUGUCAUUGCUCAGGGUAAUGGAAAACUCGCCAGCAUGCCGGCUGGGGGAGCUGUGGCAGUCUCUGCUGGAGGGGGCUCUGCUGCUCCUGCUGCAGCUGCCGCCCCUGCUGCCGCUGAGGAAAAGAAAGAAGAGAAGAAGGAGGAAUCUGAAGAAUCUGAUGAUGACAUGGGAUUCGGCCUAUUUGAUUAAUUAUUUGUUAUAGAGAAAUUAUUAAAAUUCUUUGGUUUAA